AUGAACCAACAUAUUCAUGUAUCAUCUGAUGAACAAUUGAUUUGUGAAAAUGAAAAAUGUCGAGAAAGAGUUUUAAAUAAAAUUAAACAAAUUAAUAAUGAAAUAAAAAAUGAUUUUCAUAUUAUUGUUAAAAAUAAUUCAAAUGAUAAUAAAAUAAAUCUGGAUCAAGCUUGGAAUAUAAUGUAUUUAACGAGUAAAAAACUUUCCAAUAAAUUAAUUAUAUUUUUUCAUAAAGAAGAAAUUUCUCAACUUAUUGAAAAAUAUAUUGAACAAAAUAAUACAAAACAAACAUUUCAAAAAGCUUUUAAUUAUAAGAAAAAAAAACAAAAUUUCGAAGAAUUUAUAACAAAACAACAAUUGUGGAAUAUUUAUUUGAAUAUGUGUGAAAAUGCUAUUAAAAUAAUUUCAAAAGAUGAUGAAACAUAUACAGUAAAUUAUCUUGUUGCUGAUGAGAAUUUAUACAAAUGA